GGCGAGCAAAGAAAAAAACGCGAUCGUCGAUUGACUCGCACUAUUUGUAGUGAACGAGUGCGAAGACGAACAUCAGCCAUGAAGAGCCUCGUGGUCCUGGUGGUGGUCUCUGUAGCGGUGUGCUUGGCUGACACAGAUGGUGACAGCGGUGUGCCGGUGUUCAAGUUCCCGCCCGAUCCCGCUGACUGCGGCACGAACGAGGUGUGGAAGCAGUGCGUGAGCAGCACGUGCGCCGAGACGACCUGCACGAAGCGCAUCGUGGGUCCCGGGUGCACGUACGACUGCCGCUACGGCUGCUUCUGUGCCGAUGGAUUCUACCGUAACGCGGAAAGGAACUGCGUCACGGUCGACCAGUGCCCGUCCGCAGAUCCAGAUCUCGGCUCAAGCCAGCAGUGUGGAACCAACGAGGAGUGGAAGGUAUGCGUGAGCAGCUCGUGCGCCGAGACCACCUGCGAGAAGAGGACCAUCGGCCCCGCCUGCACGGCCGACUGCCAGCGCGGCUGCUACUGCUCCGACGGCUUCCACCGCAACAAGGAAGGAGCGUGCGUCACCGCAGACCAGUGCCCGACGGUGUAACGAAUGGACUGCGAUACGCUCACCGGAUUUCUAUGCGCGGCCCGGCUUUCCGAAGCAAAGCAUGGCCGGACCUCAGCGGACACCUAAAGCUUGGAAGAACAAAGAAUGGUUACCUAACUAAUAAACGUGUGAAACAGCAGUGCGUUCAG